AUGAAAAGAGCAAAAUUUGACCUAUUCUCUUCUCUGAGCCGGCGCCGAUCAGUUCUGGUUCUUAUUUUUAUUGGGUUGUUUUACAUUUUUUUGGUGAGUUUUGAAUUUCCCUUGAUUUUCGAAAAUGGGUUUGGCUCUGUUUCUCAAGACGAAUUUUCUAGUAAUAGUAAUGGGCGCUCUAUCUCCAACUCCACGUUAGAGAGCGAGGAAAAUUUGGAGGAAAAAGAUGCCCCCAUUCGCCUAAUUAAGGAGUUGGUUAUAUCCCGGGUAUCGAGCUUGAAUUUGAGUGCAGGGACUGAAAGUUCAAGCUCGGAAAAUGGGAUUUUGAAGUCUGCUAGAGAGGCUGUUAAACUUGGGAGAAAACUCUGGCAAGAGCUUGAUUUUAUCGGGAAGAAUAGUGGCAGCAGUAGUAAUAGUACAAGUGGGAGUAAUAACAGAAAUAGAAGUGAGGAGUGCCCGCAAUCUAUGUCCAUAUCUGGCGACGUUUUCUUGAAGAAUGGGAGAGUGAUGGUGUUGCCUUGUGGGUUAACGUUGGGAUCACAUAUUACGGUGGUCGGAAAGCCUAGGGUGGCGCAUGUGGAGACUGAUCCAAAAAUUUCUCUGUUGAAGGAGGGGCAGUAUUUGAUGGUUUCGCAGUUUAUGAUGGAGUUGCAGGGUUUGAAAACGGUGGACGGGGAGGACCCACCAAGGAUUCUGCAUUUUAAUCCGCGGUUGAAAGGCGAUUGGAGUGGGAAACCUGUGAUUGAGCAGAACACUUGUUAUAGGAUGCAGUGGGGGACAGCACAGCGGUGCGAGGGGUGGAAGUCUCCGGUUGAUGAGGAGUCUGUUGAUGGCUUGCCAAAAUGUGAAAAGUGGAGUAGAGACGACAAUGAUGGCUCGGAGCAAUCAAAGGCAACAUGGUGGUUAAACCGAUUAACAGGACGAACGAAGAAGGUUUCUGUUGAUUGGCCAUUUCCAUUCACUGAAGACAACUUAUUUGUCCUAACAGUUAGUGCUGGCUUCGAGGGUUACCAUGUCCACGUUGAUGGGAGGCACUGCACCUCGUUUCCAUAUCGCAUUGGAUUUGCACUUGAGGAUGCCACUGGAUUGUAUUUGAAUGGGGACAUUGAUGUCCAUUCUAUUUUUGCCGCUUCCUUGCCCACCUCACAUCCCAGUUUUGCUCCUCAGAGACAUCUUGAUAUGUCUAACAGAUGGAAGGCUCCACGUUUUCCAGAUGGGCCUGUUGAACUUUUUGUUGGUAUUCUUUCAGCAGGUAAUCACUUUGCUGAAAGAAUGGCCGUGAGGAAGUCUUGGAUGCAGCAUAGGCUAAUCAAAUCUUCCAAUGUUGUUGCUCGUUUCUUUGUAGCACUGCAUGCAAGAAAAGAAGUGAAUGUGGAAUUAAAAAAAGAAGCUGAGUUCUUUGGAGACAUUGUCAUAGUACCAUACAUGGACAACUAUGACCUUGUCAUCUUGAAAACUGUUGCCAUCUGUGAAUAUGGGGUUAAAGCAGCAUCUGCCAAGUAUAUUAUGAAGGGUGAUGAUGACACAUUUGCGCGAGUGGAUGCAGUUGUUGAGGAAGCGAGGAAAAUACCUGAGAACAGGAGCUUGUACAUUGGAAAUAUAAAUUACUAUCAUAAGCCCCUACGCAGAGGUAAAUGGGCAGUGACAUAUGAGGAAUGGCCAGAGGAAAGCUAUCCACCCUAUGCUAAUGGGCCGGGCUACAUUAUAUCAUCAGAUAUUGCAAAAUUUGUAGUUUCAGACUUCGAGAAACGUAAAUUAAGGUUGUUUAAAAUGGAGGACGUAAGCAUGGGAAUGUGGGUGGAGAAAUUUAAUAGCUCUAGACCUGUAGAGUACGUACACAGCUUGAAGUUCUGCCAGUUUGGGUGUGUACAAGACUAUAUUACGGCUCACUACCAGUCUCCGAGGCUGAUGAUGUGUAUGUGGACCAAAUUGCAACAACUGGGCCGGCCUCUAUGCUGCAGCAUGAGAUGA